CGCAUUUAGUGGCCAGCCGAUACACUAUCUUACUUUAUCGUCUAGCGGCGACAUGAUGAAUAAAAUACAACGAUAAUAUAAUGAUCGCGUUCUGUGUACGCUUGAUCAGUUCGGUAUCUGUAGUGACAGCAUGCGGAGCGGUCUGGUGCUGUGUUUGUGCCUGUGUCUGGGCGCGCGGGGCGAGGGUGGCGAGCGCGAGGCGCGCCUGGUGCGCAGCCCGCAAGGCCCGGUCAAGGGCUACAAGGACCCCGGCGACAGCAUAUUCGUCUUUUACGGGAUCCCCUAUGCUACAGCGCCUACGGGAGCUGACAGAUUUAAGGCGCCUCUUCCUGCCUCAGCAUGGUUAGACCCUUUGGAAGCCGUAGAUGAUACUAUUAUAUGUCAUCAAGCCACGCUUAAUAAUACUACGAGUAUGUUCCCAAAUAAGAUCGAAAAAGAGAACUGUCUCGUGGCAAAUGUUUUCGUCCCUGACACCGACCAAAAAAAACUACCAGUUGUGGUAUAUGUGCACGGAGGAGCAUACCAACUCGGCUUUGGAAAUCUGUUUCUACCCAAAAACUUAGCAAGAAGCAAGAAAGUCAUUGUAGUAACAUUCAACUAUCGCCUCGGAGUUCACGGAUUUCUUUGUUUAGGCACUGAAAAGGCACCAGGAAAUGCUGGAAUGAAAGAUCAAGUAGCACUUUUACAUUGGGUCAAAAAGAAUAUAGCAAGCUACGGGGGAAACCCAGAAGAUAUGACCAUAGCAGGCUACAGUGCCGGCUCUUCAGCCGUCGAUCUGUUAAUGAUUUCGCCCACUACAAGAGACUUAUUCAAUAAAGUAAUUCCAGAAAGUGGAUCUAACUUAGCCCCUUGGUCAGUUCAAAUUGACCCCCUAGAAAAUGCAAAAACCUUUGCUAGAUCCAUAGGCUUUGAAAAUGUAGAUGACGUGUACGCUUUGGAAGAGUUCUACACUACAGCGAGCUAUGACGUGUUGACAUCGGACCCCUUUUUUGACAGAACUGAUUUUACUUUUGUGUUCUCACCAUGUAUAGAGCGUAAUACGGAAGGUGCUUUCCUCACUGAGUCCCCAUACAACAUUUUAAAGAAUGGCAACUAUAGAAAAGUGCCAUUACUUUACGGUUUUGCUGGAAUGGAGGGUUUACUGCGAAUUGAUUUAUUUGAUUUGUGGAAAGAUAAAAUGAAUGCGAAUUUCUCUGCUUUUCUACCACAAGACUUACAAUUUGAAAGUGAAGAAGAAAAAGCAACAGUGGUCCAAAAAAUCAAGGAAUUUUAUUUCGGUAAAAAACCAGUCAUUGGAGAUGAAGAAUCUGUAUUAUCUUACAUAAAUUUUAUGUCAGAUUUAUAUUUCACAUAUUCUACUUUAAGAGCUGUGAACAUGCACGUAAAAGCAGGACAUGACAAGAUAUUUUUGUAUGAAUACAAUUUUGUUGAAGAUUCUACGCCUGUCAUACCCUAUACCAAGGACCAGCGAGGAGCCAACCAUUGUGCUCAAACUAGUGCUGUAUUUGACGCACCUAAUUGGCUAAGUCAGAAAGACGAGAGCAGUAUCUCAGAGGAUCUGAAAAACAUGAAGAAAGUAAUUAGAGAACUAUGGCUUAACUUUAUGACAACGGGGAGUCCGGUGCCGGCGGGCUCCGCGCUGCCCGCGUGGCCGGCGGCGGGCGCGGGCGGCGCGCCGCACAUGUCGCUGGCGCGCACGCUGCGGCUGCGCGGCGCGCUGCUGGAGGAGCGCGCGCGCUUCUGGGACGCCAUCUACGAGCGCCACUACCGCGCGCCCGCGCCGCCGCCGCCGCCUCCUGCUAGGCAUUCCGAACUUUAAUUUGCUAUGCUGUUUUUUUUUUAUUUAAAUUAACUUUAUCAGACUUUACCUAAAACAGCACCACUUCCUGUCAGUGCUGCCAUGACCUCGGCAAAUGUAUAGUUAAUGCUCGACUGGCAGGAUUUCUUCUUUGAUUAUAUGUAUUUAAAUUUUUAGACGAGACAUUUAUUUUUUAACUUUCCUUGGAUUUACAUCCAUACGACCGACAUGUCAGUAGUUUUUGCACCAGAAAAAAAGCUUUCGCUAAAGCUUUCCUGGUUUUCACUGCAGUAACAGUUCCGAUUUUUUUAAAACUUUACUUACUUAUUUAGCGAUGAAAUCUCAAUCGAGCGUGUGCAAAUUAGGCAAUGAUCUGUAAAAUUACUUUUAAACUUGCCACUUUUCAAUUGCAGUGGAAUAAACAUUUUAACAUUAAAAAAAUAUAUUAAGUUAGUUUAUAAGCCCAAUUUAUGAGUACACCAACAACAUUGCAUGUAACACUAAGUUUGGAAAACAUCAGUUUGGUUUAUGAUCAGCGACAGUGCGAGAAGUAAGAUAGAAUGCCAGUUUAAGGUGCGAGGCUAAAACUUACGGUCAACAUUUUUGUAGCAAAUGAAAAAGCACAUUAAGUAGGUACUUAUUUUUAAUAGCAAAUGUGCUUAUUAAGUACAUAGAGAUGAUUCUAUAAUUUUCGUUUAUGUUAUUAUGAAAAUUUCGACCUUUCUUAAGCAUUUGAUGCGUCAAUUUCGGUCAAGUUUUUCCUCUGGGACUUAAAGGACGAGUCAAGGACUUACCACGGAGUCACGUAAAAAAUCAACGAGUAUUCGACACGAGGCUUUUUCACGAAAAAUCGUCCUCGAGAGAUGCGACCCUCAUCAAGGUGCGAAGGUCCUCGGGGAGUGAU